AUGGACUCGAUCAAGUUCGUCUUCAAAAAGCCCAUAGUAACAGGAUGGGUUGCAUGGUGGCAGAUGUUGUUGACUGAAUAUGAUGUCACCUAUGUGACCCGGAAAGCUAUUAAAAGAAGCGUCAUUGCAAAGUAUCUGGCAGAUAGAGCUGUGGAAGAUUACCAGCCUAUGGAGUUUGACUUCCCAAAUAAGGAUAUUGAUUCGAUAAGCCAAGAAGAAGAAGAAGAUUACGAAGGAUGGACAAUGUUAUUUGAUGGGGCGGUCAAUGUGUGGGGACAUGGAAUAGGAGUCGUACUCAUAUCACCAGAAAGGAGGCAUUAUUUGGUCGUAGCCAAGUUGACUUUUCCGUGCACCAAUAACAUAGUAGAAUAUGAAGCAUGUAUAUUGGGUUUACAAGCAGCCAUGGAUCAAGAUAUCAAAGAAUUAGUCAUGAAGGGAGACUCAGCCUUGGUCAUUCAUCAAGUGAUAGGAGAAUGGGAAACCCGAGAUUCCAAAUUGGUGCCAUAUCAAGAGUACAUUCAAAAGAUGAUCAAAGGAUUUGAUAGCAUCAGUUUCUCACACUUACCAAGGGAAAACAAUUUAAUUCCUGAUGCCCUGGCAACCCUAGCGGCUUUGAUCAAAGUAGAACCUAGAGUGGAGAUUGAUUUGAUUCAAAUCAGAAUACAGUCAGAGCCUGCUCACUGUGCAGUGGUAGAAGAAGCUGAUGGAAAGCCCUGGUUCCAUGACAUUCGGACAUACAUCCAGAAAAAUGAGUACUCUGAAGGAGCAACCAGCAAUGACCAAAAGACGAUUAGGAGGUUGGCCAUGGGAUUCUUCUAG